AUGACAUGGGGUGUUGUAAGAAUGGUUGGCUCUCAGCAAAAUUUUGGUUGUCUGGCAGUGUAUGAGGAUUCUGCUGGGAUUCAGCUGAAGAUUCAGCUUGGGAUUGAGCUGGCAAUUUUUGCGAAUUGCAGUGAAAUCUCCAGUUUCCUUUUAAUACUAGGAGGAUCCACCAAGAUCUCCAGUCUUAUCGCAGGUCCUACACAACGUACACUCAACACCCUGGCCAAUGGUGAACCUGGAAACCUUACCCCAAGUGCCGAACUUCCUCCUCUAGUGGACAACUUUUUCUCACAAGUAAUGCGGCCGUUCCUGAAAGGCACCACCAACCAUUCAGUUGUCAUCGACAUCACUGCACUUACAGUCGCACAAAAGCCUUUGUUCCUCUCUGAUUUACAGACUUUUUUCAAUGGCAACAAACAUUUGUGGGCUGGUACCGAUCAAAUUUGCUGCAAAUACAAUCGUCUACUGCCUUACCAGUAUGGCCAUCAAGAUGGCAGACUGGCUCAGCUCCAUGCUGAUAUGACCAACAACUUCAGCCAAUUUGACGCGAUUGUUGACUGUGGCUAUGUCACUGGUAGCAGUGGCCUGUACGCCGGCAGUGGCUAUGCCGUUCUAGUGCUAUCCCCACCUAAUUCCACCCACUCCUCUGUAAAACUCUCCCAUUCACUGAACUGGUCUUACCAGCCUCUCGACUACUCCUCGGAUACUGGUACCCUCUCCUCUGACUUUGACCAUGUCAGUAUUUUCGUAACAUGGGCUGCCAUGCCUCCUUUCUGCCGAUACUGUCACUCGGAUAAACACGCCCUGAUCAAUUGCGAUUUACUCAAAAAAGCUACCAUGUGUUGCCUAUGCAACGCUGGAGGUCACAUAGCCAAGUCCUGUCCCUGCAAGAAUGAAUCUUCUGUAACCUCACAGAAACGCCGUAAGAUUCUGGUCGUACAAGAGACACCUCAACCCUCAACACCCUCUUCUUCUAUCGUUGUGCCUCCUCUUCCCUCAUCCUCUUCCACCAAUGUUCCGACAACUACAGGCCGUGUCAAAUGCAUUCAAGGUUCUCUAGAGCGAUCUGUGACACGCUCUCAGGCCUCUCUUGUAGUACCUAAUGCUCUGAACAAUCCUAACCCCAUCAAGGAACACAAGUUACCUUUGCCUUUACAACCUAAUACUAAUAUUUCUCCUACCCAUACUGCUUCUACAAUCUCUGACUAUCUAUCUUUGGCUUCCUCUCUACCCUUCUUCUCAUGCAAACUGAACAUUGGCACUAUCAACUGUUGCGGUCUAGCCAAAACAGCAGAUAUUUCUUCUUGUAACCAGUUUAUUCGAUACCUACUAACUCGCUCCCUAGAUCUGCUUGCACUUCAAGAAACGCAUGCAACCUCAACAUUGCAAGACACCUUUCACUCCCAAUUUCAGGCCAAAACUAGCUUCUGGUCCGUCCACUGCGGCCUCAUCUCAUUCUCCUCUGAUAUCAUUCUUAGCAACUCGUUUACUAGUCCUUGUGGCUGCAUUAUUUCCAGCACUGUCUCUCAUUUAUCUAUGUUCCUCCCAAUAGACAAGACAAAUUCUCCUUCUUGUCCUCUCUCUGCACUCAACUUCCAUCCAUAUUUCCUUUCCUCUCCAUGCCAUACGGUCAUAUUGCGUGAUUUCAACUACACUUAUUCUCCUGCUUCCCCAAGGGUUCGGCAGGCGCCUCACAACUGGCUCAAGUACAUCAAUGAGUUCUUUACUGAUGGGAUCACCCCACCCGGACAGAUUUCCAAUUCGACUUUCCAUCGAGGACUAUCCCAAUCAUGUAUUGAUUAUCUGUUUGUCUCCUCUGAUAUGGCUUCUUCCAUCCACUUUGACCACAGUAGAACUACUUAUGUCCAACCAGCUUGGUCUGAUCAUUUUCUACUGUCUGCUCAAUUACGAUUAUCCCCAGCCACGCAUGCUUCCUCGUUGGUCAAUGCGGUUGGAAAAGGGUUGUGGCGUUCCCACCCUUGGUUGGCAAAUAAUUGUCUCUUUUGUACACGCCUCACCCAAUCUCUACAUAGUUGCGUUCACAACUUUGCUCCAGGACUAUCCCAUGCCACCAAAUGGGAAGCACUUAAGGCUACUACUGCAAAAGUAGCCAGAACAUUUAAAGAUCUUCUUCAUCGAAAACAUGCGGGUAUCACCAAAAAGCUAGUGACUGAUCCUUCACUUUUACCUGUCCUCUCUCCGCAAUUGCUCGUUGUUGAGCACCAACUCUCACAACUGCAGCAAUACCAUGUGGAAAACCUGGCACUACGUUCUGGUCUAUGGUGGCGUGAACUCAGAGAAUCCUCACCUGGAUAUCUGAAACAAUCUAUUGCUUCUCGGGCCUCUCGAAAAUUGAUCCCUCCUCUGUGGAAUCCAGCAACCUCUUCUAUCUGCACAUCUCAAGAAGAAAUGCUAGAGACUACCACUCAAUUUUAUUCUGAUCUUUACUCACCUGAUGAUGUUGACCAGGCUGCAAUUGACAACCUGUUGAACGUCCUUCCCACACACCUCCACAUCUUCUCGUCUACAGCAGAAUCUCUGGUUGCACCCAUUAUGUACAACGAUUUGCUGGAUGCUUUUUCGCGAUCCCCUCAAAAAUCCUCUCCUGGCAUGGAUAGUCUCCCAUACGAACUGAUCUGGCUUGUUGUGAUAUUGCGGUUGAAGUCUACAAUAAUGCUCUCUCUUUGUCUGAUAUUCCUCCCUCUUGGUUACACUCGUUGCUCUACUGUUCUCAACUCCCUGAUUCUCAGUCGUCUCUGGCAUGUGCUUCGCGUGGUAUCAACACCUAAAUCCUUCUUCAAAUCCGUUCAAUCCAUUAUAUCCCAAUUCAUUAAUUUUCGCAUUUUCCCCUGGAUCAGCUUUGCUACAGCUUGCUUGCCACGCUCUCAGGGCGGACUUGGUCUGCUGAAUCCAGAAUUGCAACAAGGUGCUCUACAAUUGCGUUGGCUUGGUCCCAUCCUCUCGACUUCUUCACUGCAAAUAUGGUCUCGUUGGCCCUUUUCACGUUCCAUUAUCCUUCCCUGUCUGCUUUCCUUUUUACAACACCAUCUCCAACAUCACAGCAAUGGCUACGGCCAUGACCCCAAAGAUCUGGAUCACUGGUUGCUCUUCUUGUUCCCACGACGUUGUCCUCUCAUACUCCUAACUGGACAAAGCUCCCUGUCCCUACUCCUUCAUGCCUUGGAACAAUUGCCACAUACAUUUGUGGGUGUAAUAGCCACUACGGCUACUUGUUUGGAGAUCCCAAUUUCUUACAUAAUCACUCCCACACCACCUGCUACACUUCCACAAUCAAUUGCUGACCUCCCUAUCUCUGUUGCAUACACCUACGAUCUCCACCACUUUCACUGUUUGCGUCCUAAACAUAGACAGGAAUGCAUUGUUUACCCGACAUUGUCACAUAAUGUCCAAGCUCUUGUCAGUGACCCUGAUACUACCAUGUCCUCUUUCUUUACACACGCCUUUACAGCUCCCUCUAGUGGAACUUUCAUCAGCCCUUCUCCCACCGCAAUAUUUGAUCACACCUUCAUCAACGUGCAUCCAUUUCUGCUUUCUCUUGGGCUGGUCCCCCGAUCUUCCGAUCCCUCCAGACUCAAACUGACAAUGAAAAUGUAUUGCUAA